AUGACCUUGUUAGUGGGCGGUUUUGAGUCCCACGUUUUAUUCGACUCUGGAGCAUCGAAUUGCUUCAUUACACCGGAGCGUGCCGAGAAGAGUGGCAUCCGGAGUAGCGCGGGCGAGAGCGCGGGCAUGGUCAAGGUGGCGGGAGGUGGAUUCUUGUCUACUUUGGGCCGUGCUAGAGGAGUCGAGAUCGAGAUUGCGGGGCAGUCAAUGCCAGCAGACUUAGUCAUCAGUCCGGUGGAGCUGUAUGACGUUAUUCUCGGGAUGGACUGGUUGUCACACUACAGAGUUCAUCUGGAUUGCUACAGAGGUAGAGUGGUCUUCGAGCGAGAUGCAGGGAGGUUGGUUUAUCAGGGAGUGAGACCGACUUCCGGGAGUAUUGUGAUAUCUGCUAUUCAGGCCGAGCAGUUGUUAGAGCGGGGCUGUGAGGCGUAUCUGGCGACGAUUUCUAUGUCUGAGUCAGGAGCUGGAGUUGUUAUGGGAGAUAUUGAGGUUGUCCAGGAUUUUGAGGAUGUCUUUCAGUCACUGAAGGGAUUACCACCAUCUCGGUCUGAUCCUUUCACGAUUGAGUUAGAGCCGGGGACAGCACCGAUAUCGAAGACGCCUUACAGGAUGGCGCCAGCUGAGUUGGCAGAGCUGAAGAAGCAGAUAGAGGACCUUUUGUCUAAGGGGUUCAUUCGACCGAGUGUUUCACCGUGGGGAGCACCGGUGUUGUUUGUGAAGAAGAAGGAUGGAGUUUCAGACUUUGUAUCGAUUACAGAGAUUGACUUGGCAUCGGGGUAUCAUCAGAUCCCGAUAGAUGAGGCAGAUGUCAGGAAGACUGCUUUCAGGACGCGUUAUGGGCAUUUUGAGUUUGUGGUUAUGCCUUUCGGUUUGACUAACGCGCCGGCAGCCUUCAUGAGAUUGAUGAACGACGUGUUCAGGGAGUAUUUGGACGUGUUCGUCAUCAUUUUCAUUGAUGAUAUUCUGGUAUACUCGAGGAGUCAGGAGGAGCAUGCGACUCACUUGAGGUUGGUUCUGGAGAAGCUUCGGGAGCAGAAGCUUUUUGCUAAGUUGAGCAAGUGCAGUUUCUGGCAGCGAGAGAUGGGAUUUCUUGGCCACAUUGUUUCUGCAGAGGGAGUUUCUGUGGAUCCGGCUAAGAUUGAGGCUAUCAGAGAUUGGCCUAGACCUAGUAGUGCCACCGAGAUCAGGAGUUUUCUGGGUUUGGCAGGAUACUACAGGAGGUUCGUCAAGGGGUUUGCUACCAUGGCGCAGCCGAUGACGAAGUUGACUGGGAAGGAUGUCCCGUUUGUUUGGUCAGCUGAGUGUGAGGAGAGCUUUAGUCAGCUCAAGGAGAUGUUGACUACUACACCAGUGUUGGCGUUACCCGAGCCAGGGAAGCCUUACAUGGUGUAUACAGAUGCUUCAGGCAUUGGUCUUGGUUGUGUGCUGAUGCAGGAGGGCAGAGUGAUAGCAUAUGCUUCGAGACAGUGGCAGGGCAGUGAGCGUAACCGUCCUACACAUGACUUAGAGUUGGGAGCAGUGAUCUUCGCGUUGAAGAUUUGGAGGUCUUACUUGCUAGGUGAGACAGUACAGGUCUUCACGGAUCACAAGAGUUUGCAGCAUAUCUUCACUCAGCCGAUGAUGAACGCGAGACAGACGCGCUGGGUUGAGUUCUUGGCGGACUAUUGA